CGUCGGGCAGGGAACGCCGUAGUCUAUACAAGAUGGCGUCUGUGGUUGUUUUGCAGCUAUCAUAUUAAGCGAAUUGCAGUAUUUUGUCGUUCGAAUUAAUGAGUUUUGGUAGUGCGGACGCUUCGUAAUUGUUUGUUACAAGCCGUAGAGUCGCAAAAUAUCCAGCAUGAAAGGAAAAGAAAGGUCGCCGGUGAAAAAACGCUCGCGGGCCGUGGACGAUGUUCGAGACAGGGGAGGAAGCCACCCGAGCAGCAAGAAAAUGGGGGUUGUGGCGAUUUCUGGCGGAAGCAACAAUGGAAAUAGCUCUUCCAAAAGCGAAGGAGGUUCGGCGAGAAGGGGUUUGCUCGGAGACAAAAGGGACAGUCGGGACUUUGACGGGCAUGUUUCAAGUCGCACGGGAAACAAUCACAGCUACACCAACCCCGUCGUUAGCGCUAGCAAGAACCACAACGCGAGCCUGUCGCUCGAAGCCGCCGCGAGAAGCAACUCGCGCUCAGAGCAGCGCAGCCAGCUCGCCGCCAACGAGAGUGAGUACAAGACGCUAAAAAUAAGUGAACUGGGCUCGCAGUUGAGCGACGAGGAGAUCGAGGACGGCUUGUUCCACGAGUUCAAGAAAUUCGGCGAUGUGAGUGUUAAAAUUAGCCGCGUUAACGAGGAAAGGAUCGCUUUUGUGAACUUCAGGAGGCCUGACGAUGCAAGGGCGGCGAAACACGCCCGAGGUCGCCUGGUGCUCUAUGACCGCCCUCUGAAAAUCGAGGCGGUAUACAUAAACAGGAGGAGAAGUCGAUCACCCGUGGAAAAAGACCACUUUUCUGCCGUGGCUGGCCACAGACAUUUGCACACCCAGAGGCCUCUGUCCCCUACUGGACUCGGAUAUAGGGACUACAGGCUCCAGCAGUUAGCACUUGGUCGACUUCCUCCACCCCCACCACCUCCCUUACCAAGAGAGCUAGAAAGAGAAAGAGAGUUUGCCUUUUAUGAAGCUAGAGCAAGACCCACUUACAUUGCUGAACGAGCUGCUGCUUUUCGCGAAGAGGACUUUAUUUCUCCCGAGGAUGACCAAAGAGCUAACCGAACAUUGUUUUUGGGAAACUUGGAUAUCACAGUGACUGAAAAUGAUCUGCGCCGGGCAUUUGACCGCUUUGGGGUCAUUACUGAAGUGGACAUCAAGAGACCCAGCCGUGGCCAAAACAGCACAUAUGGAUUUCUUAAGUUUGAGAACUUGGACAUGGCCCACAGAGCAAAGAUCAGCAUGUCAGGAAAAGUGGUCGGCCGCAAUGCUAUUAAAAUCGGUUACGGAAAAGCAACCCCUACAACACGCCUCUGGGUGGGGGGCCUCGGACCUUGGGUUCCUCUGGCUGCGUUAGCAAGGGAGUUUGAUCGUUUUGGCACUAUUAGGACUAUAGAUUACAGAAAAGGGGACACAUGGGCCUACAUUCAGUAUGAGAGUUUGGAUGCUGCUCAGGCAGCUUGCACACACAUGCGUGGUUUUCCCCUUGGAGGCCCAGACAGACGACUCAGAGUGGAUUUUGCAGACACUGAGCACCGCUACCAACCGCAGUUUCUUCAGCCGCUUCCCCUUCCCCACUACGAGGUCGUGGCUGAGUCCUUUGUUCACCGUGCAACCCCUGAAGCUAUUAGGGUCAGAGAAAGAACUCCACCGCCACUGCAUUUUAGAGAACGGGAGCUUUAUGCCGGUGCAGAAUGGCCAGCCCCUGCUAUCCGUGAACGAGUAAGAACUCCUGCAUUCGAACCUCUGGAGCACUUGGAACGAGAUCGGCGGCCCAGAGAGCCAUGGUCGUUGGAGCGGGAGCUGCCGAGCAGAGAUGCUGCUAGAAAACGGCGCCUUUUAGAGGAUGGACGGCACCUAGACUGUUCACCCGACAGCAGCAGUGAAUGGGCAGUGCGGCGUCGACGAGCUCCGUCCACUGAGGGCAGCCCAGGAGAUAGCAGUCGUGAAGGACGCUUCAGCGACUCUGAGCGGCCAACGAGAGCAGAGAGGCCGUCACCAGCCAGAGAGAGGCGCAGCAGCCUAGACAGGGCUCCUGGAGAAAAGCGCCUCAAGAGCAGCAGCAGUUUGUCUGAAUCGAGCAUUGGCACAAGCCCAUCAGAGAGAAAACGCAAAGCAAAUGAAGCAAGCAAAGGGCCAUUAAAGAGAGAGCGAGGAGAAGGGAGCUUCAAGGGUGGUCAGUCAUCCAAGCAGGACACUGGUGGAAAGCUGAGCAUGGCUUGGAAUGGGAUGCUGCUCCUAAAGAAUAGCAACUUCCCAGCCAGCAUGCACAUCCUGGAUGGUGACUUGACUGUGGCCAACACCCUCUUGGUCGACGGCAGCACGGGAGGGAAGGUGACGCAGCUCCGCAUCACACAGCGUCUUCGGCUCGACCAGCCAAAGAUGGAUGAGGUGUCACGCCGCAUCAAAGUGGCAGGCCCAGGCGGGUAUGCCAUUCUCCUUGCAGUUCCUACCAGCUCAGAGGACACAUCAUUCUCCUCAUCGACAGACCCAGCAUCUUCGACUCAGCGUCCUCUGCGCAACCUGGUCUCGUAUCUGAAGCAAAAGCAAGCAGCUGGGGUAAUCAGUUUACCUGUGGGGGGCACUCGCGAUAAGGACAACGCAGGGGUGCUGCAUGCGUUCCCACCCUGCGAUUUCUCUCAGCAGUUCUUAGAUUCCUCUGCAAAAGCUCUUGCCAAAACAGAAGAGGACUAUCUUGUCAUGAUCAUUGUCCGGGGAGCAUCCUAACAAUCAGAACACAAAUGGAAAAAAAAAGCAUUGUUAUAAAAAAAAAAAAAAAACCCCGAAAUGUCUCAUUUGCAUGCUCUGUUAAGCCUGGUGCAGCAUAGUUUAAACAGUUAUUGAAAGGGUAUGUGUCAUCUGUUCUGCCAAAUGCAAUGCAUGAAAAAAAAAAAACAUGUCUCAUAUAACAUAAUUGGUUUUCAUAUUGCAAUAUUUGCUCACCAUUGCAAGCGAGUUUCUAAACCAAAUCAUUGUGAUACUGUGCAACUGUUUGAAAGAGUGAAAGAUAAAAGGCAGACACAAUUUGAAAACUGAAGUUACACUAUACACUGUACUGCUUCUACAUGUUUGUUUAGCCAUUAGAUUGUAAGCAGUUCCCUAUAUGGAUAUUAACAAGAAUGUUGGUUUAUGUAGGUAUAUUAUAUAUAUUUUUUAUUUAAAAAAGAAAAAAAAAGAUUAUUGAGUCAUUGUGGUUUAACGCUUGGAACAAUCAGUUAAUGAUGAUGAGGAAGUGUAACAUAGGCCUAGAUGUGUAGUUCUAUAGUUCACUUUAAAGCAGUCCAGGUAUUUCUCACUUAAAACUGCAUGUUGACUGUUGUCCUGUUUUGAAACCGUUACGGGGUAGUUCACAGUUCAAAAGUGUGCAGAUUAUAAACUAAUGUAUAAACAAGUGUACUUUAGUAUUGAAGUGUUUCAGUGUGUAACCGGGCAAGCAUCUAAUGAGGCUACAAAUGGAUGUUUUGUUUUUGUUUUUUUUUUCCUUCAGAUUUUAUUAUACCCAAGGCAUCUUAUAUGAAUCAGUGAUUAUUUUGGUCUUCUUUUAAGUCUAAUGUGUUUCAGAGCCACCAUUUGCACAGGCCAUUGCACGUAGCUCAUAAUAUAGAUAUCAUCCUGUAAUUGUCUUUUUGCAUUUGACAAGUUCAUCAGAGAAACUAGUUCUAUUGAGACAUUUUCAUUUUCACUUUUGCUUCUUUGCUUUUUUCUAAUAAUUUCUGUUCAGGAUUGAUAAUGCAGUCAGCCACCCAUUUCUAAUGAUUUCAAUGCUUUUAUUGUUUUUUCUUUUUUAUGUAAUCUUGCCCAUAGAACACAGUGCAAAAAUCAAAGAACACUUGAUAGAAUAGCAAUAUGUAAUGCAUGUGGCUUUUUCAUUUGUGUCAGCGUUGGCAUCAGUUUUGUUCUAUAUGCCACAUUAAAGGAAUGGUUAAAUUGAUGUCCAGGUACCGAAAUAUGACUGGAAAACUGUUCCUUCCAAUUUGAUAAACAUAAAUGCCUAUAGUGAUGUAAAUCAACUAUGAUCUAUAUUCUGCAUAUAUUAACAUGUUAAUUGUCAGCUUAAGGCAUACUUGAAGCAGGGCUGUGCAAUUAGAGGUGAUUCAGAGUGUUUUAUAUUUUUCAGUACAAUAACUGGAGUGCAGAAACACACAGUGCAUGGUCGUGUACUGAUCAAACCACUAAAGAGUAAUUAAAAAAAAAAAAUAGAUUCAAAGUUUUGUUGGAGUAUGCCGAAUUGUGCAGCCAUAAAAAUUAAGUAUGUUUUAGGUUGAAAAUAAAAAAGAGAUGUUUGAAUAGUCUGUUAUGGAAAUAUAGCAUAUAACUUUUCUAUUUUCCCCCAAAUCAGAAUGUUUUUGCAUUACUAUCAAUGUGGAGGUUAUUUUUUUUUUUUUGCAGUGUAUUGAAUCUGAUUAUUAACAACUGUGUUAAUUCCAUCUGUAUUAUGCCAUCUAUCAUUUUAAAAUCACACUAAAUUGCAUUUUUAAAACAGAUUGGUUUGUGAAUUAAGCUAAUUAUGCUGUUCUAUAUGUAUGGAAGAGUAAGAAAUACUGUACUUUCAGUAGCCACCUCUCAGGAUGAAAAAGGAACUUGCAACAGAGGACUUCCCAUGGCUGGAAUCAAAAUGAUUGAGAGAAAUAUGAAAGGAGCCCUUUGGAUACAGAGUGGGGCAAGAGCUUUCCGUUUAGUGAUUGUGUAUUCUCGCUGAGAGAGCAGCUUCACACGUGUGUAAAUGUUUUUGUGCUUACACUUCCCAUAUUUAAACGGAAAUAUGACCGUCUUGCUUUGUGGUGUGUUUACCUGGUUUCUUGAAGGAAAGGAAAAAAAAGAGGAAUCGCUCAUUCACAUCUCGCACAGCUAAGAAAUAGCUGUCCGUAUACACAAAAAGUGCACUGGCACUUAUUUGAUUUUGUCUUACUAUCAAUAAAUUGUUUCAUUUGA